AUGGCUCCAAUUGUCUCAAAACUUGGUAUCAUUGGUGCCGGUGUGAGUGGCUUAGCAGCAGCCAAGCAGCUAGCCCAUCACAACCCUAUUGUUCUUGAAGCCUCUGAUUCCAUUGGAGGUGUCUGGAGGCAUUGUUCUUACAGUUCCACAAAGCUUCAAUCUCAUAGACGUGACUAUGAGUUCUCUGACUUCCCUUGGCCUGACAGGGACAACGCAGACUUUCCUUCCCAUCUUGAGAUAUUGGACUACUUGAACUCUUACGCUCAGCGCUUUGAUGUGCUUAAGUUCGUGAGGUUCAAUUCCAAGGUGGUCGAGGUUCGGUUUGUUGGUGACCGGGAAGCCGUUGAUUUUUCUGUCAACCCUGUGGAGUAUGAGGGCCUCUCGCCACGCGGCGGUCAGCCUGUUUGGGAGGUUUCUGUGCAGUCCAAUGAUUCAGAGGCCAUUCAGUGGUACGCCUUCGAGUUCAUUGUGGUUUGCAUUGGGAAGUAUGGUGAUACACCCAAACUUCCAGAGUUUCCACAGAACAAAGGCCCUGAAGUAUUUCAAGGCCAGACUCUGCAUGCUCUUGAUUACUGCAAAUUGGACAAGGACGCUGCUUCUGAUUUGCUAAAGGAUAAGAAGGUGGUCGUAGUUGGCUACAAAAAAUCAGCUAUUGAUUUAGCCCUCGAGUGUGCAGAGGCAAAUCAAGGACCAGAAGGGAAGCCAUGCACCAUGGUUGUAAGGACUUUACACUGGACUGUUCCCCACUAUUGGAGGCAUGCAGUGUCCAAGUUCAUUGAAUCAUACAUACUGUGGAAGCUGCCUUUGGAGAAGUAUGGACUGAAACCAGACCAUCCAUUUGAGGAAGACUAUGCAUCCUGCCAGAUGGCCAUCAUGCCUGAGAAUUUCUUCUCUGAGGCUGAUAAAGGCAAGAUUCUGUUCAAAAGAUCAGAAUCAAAAUGGUGGUUUUGUAAAGAUGGAAUAGAAUUUGAUGACAACACUAAGAUCAAAGCUGAUGUUGUGGUUUUUGCAACUGGUUAUGAUGGUAAGAAAAAAGUUAAGUCCAUCUUACCAGAGCCUUUUCGCAGCUUGCUAGAAUACCCUUCUGGUAUCAUACCCUUAUACAGGGGCACAAUCCAUCCUUUGAUCCCAAACAUGGCUUUCGUGGGUUAUCUCGAGAGUGUUUCGAACCUUCACACUUCAGAACUGCGCAGCAUAUGGCUGGCUAGGCUGCUGGAUAACAAAUUCAAGCUCCCAAGUGUGGAGGAAAUGCUUGAGCAAACAAGGAAAGAAUUGGAAAUCUCGAAGAAAACAACCAGGUUCUACAAGAGGCAUUGCAUUUCUACUUUUAGCAUCAACCACAGUGAUGAAAUUUGUGAGGAGAUGGGGUGGACAUCUUGGAGGAAGAAUACUUGGUUGGCAGAAGCAUUUAGCCCCUAUGGCAGUCAAGACUAUCUGAAGAAACAAUGAACCUAUAAUUUGCAAUAACAUCCUAAAUAUAUAAUUGACAGCUCCUUCACACCAGAACUCAAAAUAAAGAACACCUACUUGCAGGAAAAAUGAUCAAUGUAUCAUGUAUCAGCAAAUCAU